AUGGAGGACCCGCUGCUGUCGACUGCGCCGAUCAACCCCAACAACUUCCCCGCCAAGCUGUGGCGCCUGGUCAACAGCCCGCGGUUCCGCUCCAUCCGCUGGGACGCCCGCGGGGAGGGCCUCCUCAUCGACCAGCCCCUCUUCGAGGCGGAGCUCCUGGGCGCAGGAGGGGGGGGCGGAGGCGGCGCCAUGAUGGCGGCGGGGGGCGAGGGCGUCUCGCCGCCGUCGCCCUCCUCGCCGGAGCUGUUCAAGACGACCAACUUCACCAGCUUCAUCCGGCAACUCAACCUCUACGGCUUCCGCAAGGUGGUGCUGGGCCCACCGGGAGGAGGAGGAGGAGGAGGAAGCGGGCCCUCGUCGCUCUCGCCGCAGCCGUCGUCGUCGUCACCCGGCGGGCCGCUGCACCACUUCCACAGCCCGCACUUCCGCCGCGAUCGGCCCGACCUGCUGGUGCACCUCAAGCGCCUGACCAGCGCCAACAAGGCCAAGCUGGCGGCCGGCUUGGAAGUCACCUGCCGGCCGCCCAACCGCUUCCAGCGCCUCCUCAGCACCUCCCUUCACGGCGGAGGCGCCACUACCAGUGAGGCCCUUCUGGUCCACCAGCCCCAGGCCGCCCCGCAGGGCCAGCCGGCUGCUUCGGCCGCAGUCAAAAACGGCGACGGCAAGCCCGGGCAGUUUCACCGGUCUUUUCGGCGAGACAGCUUAUCUCCAUACUCCUACCUGUCACCGUUGCACAACCAAAAUACUUUCCCAUUGAAAGGUUCGGAUCGGACUCCUCUUCCUCCCAGAACAUGGCCAAACUCCCUCGGGAUGCUCCCAGGGCAGGUGGAGGCUUCUGCUUUUUCAGACAAAAGGGUCCCAUUCCCUGUGCUCCAGAGGUUUCCGACAGAGGUAACUUACACUCUUCAGCCCAGCGCCACAUCUGUGCACAUACAGCAAAGGCCCCAGACGAUGGCCACGUCUUCUCAGAAAUACGGCAGCUAUGCAGCUUCAGUGCCCUACUCCCAAGCCUACUACCCAACAGCUGUAUUGCAGUGCUGCUCCCCGCCUACCCACAUGGAUCCCUUAAGUGGUUGUGCCAGCCCUACACCCUCAACAUAUACACAUUGCACCUAUUUCCAGAAUCCACCAAUGCAGUCUUCAUACCCAGUUGAAUUUUUGCCUUCCAACUGGCCCUGCAACCCUUCUGAUGAAGCCAAGAAGACAGAAGUCAACUUGGAGGCCGUCUUCCAGAUUGUGGAUGAGAUGCAUUCAUCUCCCAAACUAGAAAUGGUGAAGGUGGAGCCGGUAGAGAACCAAGGUCCAGGAUCCCAGCCCAAUCGAGGCCAACAGUUGCUCAUCAACCCAGGGAACAGCGAGACACCUACAAGUCAAGCCAGCCACCUAGAACCUCUGACUCCUGUUGGCUCUGAUAUUACGUCCUUUGUUGUGGAAUCUGAUCAAGCAAUCGCCUGCUCUCUACCACAGUCUCCAGAGUUUAUUUACACGAUCCACACCACCGAGCCUGUGGAGAAUGCUUCUGCUCAGAUGAUGCCGCAACCUGCAGCCAUCCAGCAGACUCAGGUAAAACUGAAGGAACAACUGAACCAGACUUCAGCGCAAUCAUCUGUGGUGUUUGUACAGGAAGAACUUCCCUUCAGUCAGCAGCAGGGCAGUCCCAACAUCAAGUGUCAGACAAGUCCAUCAGAGACAGUUGUGUCUUCAGAGCAGAUAGGAUUCCUCAUUUCGGAGGUGGGUCCCCUCAGCAAAUCAGUCAAAGAUUCGGUUUCCUCCAUCCAAAGCAAAUGCAGAGAAAGAAGGAGCAGUUCACAGAAGGGCAAAUCUCCUGAUCUUCACCUGCUCGUGGAUGUGGCUUGCAAACAAGAGCACUUUCCAAAGGAAGAAGAAUUAAGGGAGUGA